AAGGAAAAUUAAAAGAUCAGAUUUUUAAUUAGCAAAUGAAUCAUGUGUUAAAUUAAUAUUUGUACCAUAUGUUCUGAAAAAAAUAGGCAAAUGAUCUUCAUUAAUUAUAUUCUUAUGCUUCCAAGAGGUUCUUAUGGCUGCAAUGUGCUUUAGAUUCAAAUGUAAAAAAAAAAUGCCAGAAUACUCACAUAGCACCUGUGUAACAGUACAGGUAAGCUAAUAAUAAAGUAUAUGUGCCUUUGUAGAGAACAUUAUAGGGGGGUUAAUUUAUUAAAUGUGUUUGAGAAGGUGUUUGGCAGCAGUCUGACUGAAAUAGUAUGAGGUGAUAAGAAGCAAAAUUGAGGUGUGACUUUACAGCAUGCAGUCCAGAUUUUUAAUUGCUCAGCCGGAAUGUGGGAAGAAAAGUUUAUUGAAUUAAUGUAAGUGUAUAAUAAAGCUAAUACCCUUCAUUAUGGACUAUUUUGCGGCCUUGUGGAAGUUGUGGAGCAUUUCCUCGGAGGAGCUGCGCUCAGGCUCCCCCAAGUCGGUGGCCCAGGAGAGUGAGACGUCCAGGAUCUCGGAGGAGGAGAAGUCCUUGGUGUGCCACCUCACGGCUGAUACCACCAUCACUCCCCCGUCAUAGCCGCCUUGUGAAAUUUUCAGGGUAUUUAGAACACACGGACAGACCCUUUGAUACAAAUUGGUUCAAGAAAAACCCCAAACUCAUGAAACUUGGUGAAGAUAUUACUCUGAGGGGUUUGGAAGUUGGAUUACUCACAAUGAGAAAAGGAGAGUUGGCAAGAUUUCUCUUCAAGCCAAAUUAUGCUUUUGGAACUUUGGGUUGCCCUCCUUUGAUUCCCCCCAAUUCCACAGUCUUGUUUGAAGUUGAGCUUUUGGACUUUUUGGACUCGGCAGAGUCAGAUAAGUUCUUUGACCUUUCUCCUGAGCAACAGGAUAGCUUUCCACUGGAAAAAAUUAUAAAGGUAGCAGAAACAGAACGUGAAUUUGGCAAUUACCUCUUCCGUCAGACACGUUUCAUGGAUGCCAAGGAGAGGUACAGGCGGGCCUCUUCAGUACUUAAUCGUAUAUGUGCCAAGGAGACUGAAAAAGACAAAGUUGAUGCUGCCAGGCUUCUGGUCUUCCUGAACUUAUCUUUUGUUUCUUUGAAGUUGGAACGUCCAGAUCGAGCCCUAGCCUAUGGCGAAAAAGCCUUAGAGCUAGAUAGAAAAAAUGCUAAAGCCCUCUUCAGAUGUGGCCAGGCAUGCCUUUACUUGACAGAGUACGAGAGAGCCCGAGAGUUUCUGAUCAAAGCUCAGAAAGAACAGCCCUUCAACCAAGAUAUUAACAAUGAAUUGAAAAAGCUGGCCAGCUGUUACAGCGAUUACAUGGCGAAAGAGAAGGAGAUGUGCUGUAAGAUGUUUGCUCCACUGAAUUCUCAUUCAUCAAAAGCAAACUUGGAAGAUUUUUCUAGAUAUUCAAGCUUGGUGACUGACCUGAACUCGUAUAUUAGCCUUGGUGGCAUUGUGGUUAUAAUGCAGUAUUGCAAGCUAAUUCUGCGGACUGAUGACUGCCAGCAAUUCGGCGGUUUGAAUUUCACCAGCUGAAGGUUGAUUCAGCCUUCCAUCCUUCCAAGAUCAAAUAAAAUGAAGAUCCAUAU